UCAAUUUGGCUGCUUCUACUGGCUUUUCUCUCUAAUGGCCUCCAUAGUCUCCAUUGUCACGCUAUCUAAUAUUCUUCUCAUUCUGCUUCUUUCCAGCGCUGCUGCCAAUGCUCAGCUUUCGGCCAACUUCUAUGCAACCUCUUGUCCUAACCUUCAAACCAUUGUCCGCAACUCGAUGGCCCAGGCCGUUAAUAGAGAGAGGCGAAUCGGCGCCUCGAUUCUCCGUUUGUUUUUCCACGACUGCUUCGUUAAUGGUUGUGAUGCAUCGAUACUGCUGGAUGAUACGGCGACAUUCACGGGCGAAAAGAAUGCAGCACCAAACCGAAACUCUGCUCGGGGUUUCGAAGUGAUCGAUACCAUAAAGUCUAAUGUGGAGACUGCUUGCAAUGCCACUGUUUCUUGUGCAGAUAUACUAGCACUUGCUACUAGAGAUGGUGUAGUACUGCUUGGAGGACCAUCAUGGCAAGUACCACUGGGGCGUAGAGAUGCAAGGACAGCAAGCCAAAGCGCAGCCAACAGCCAAAUCCCGUCACCAUUCGCCAACCUCGCCACUCUAAUCUCUUCCUUCGCCGCCAAGGGUCUAAACGCACGAGACUUAACUGUCCUAUCCGGUGGACACACGAUUGGCCUAGCUAGAUGCGCCACGUUCCGCAAUCGCAUCUACAACGACACCAACAUCGACCCGAAUUUCGCAGCCACCAGACGUGCUAGAUGCCCUGCUUCUGGUGGUGACAACAAUUUGGCUCCUCUGGAUUCAGUACCCUCAGCCAGGUUCGACAACAACUACUACCGUGACCUGGUGGCUCAAAGAGGGCUGCUUCACUCGGACCAGGAGCUGUUCAACGGCGGAUCGCAGGACGCGCUUGUUCGAACCUACAGCAACGACCUAGCUACUUUCUUGGCUGAUUUUGCAGCUGCAAUGGUGAGGAUGGGAAACAUUAGUCCCCUUACAGGAACAAGUGGGGAGAUCAGAAGGAACUGCAGGGUGGUUAACUGAUCUUAAAUAUCCCAUUAAUGGUGAUUUCAAUAAGUUUCUCGGAAGGAGUUGAAUUUUAUAUUAUCGUUGCCUAAGAUGGAAAAAGAGUUUAGCCUUUGGAUUUCUUUUUAAUAAAAUCUAUAAUGAAAUCUUACAGUUUUAGAAUUACUUCAUAUAUAUUUUAUUGUGUAAUCUCUUUUUUUUACCAAAUAUUUCUUUUCAUGAAAUUACAAAGUAUUAUGGCUUAA